GCAUCCCAUGGUCACUCGUGCUUCACGUGCGCGGUACAUGCACAUAUCCGACACUUCCGAAGACUCCGAGGUGAGAGAUUGUUGGUUUCCUUGCGCUCCAUGCUUCUUGGGGUGUUUGAUUCCAAACACUCUUUGUUGGUGACCUGUUCAGCAAUUAGACUGCACAAUCAACAGCUUCAGCUCAUAGCUCCUUUGGUAGGUUCUUGCACUUCAGCAUGCUUCUCACCAUGUUGAGGAUAGUUCUAUUCUUCCUCUCAACAACUCCAUUUUGUUGUGGGGAUCUGGGGACUGAGAGAAACCUGCGAAUUCCUUGAUAUUCAAAGUACCUGCUGAACUUCUUUAGCAUAAAUUCUCCCC